AUGGAAGCGAGAAGUGCAAUGCACAUACUCAAUGCUCCAAGCACCAAAAGUCUGAAGUAUGCAAUCCGAUCUGGUCUCAUCAAGAACUGUCCUAUCACCAAAGAAGCGAUCAAUCAUGCCAAAGCAAUCUUUGGACCUGACGCCUCUACAUUGAAAGGCAAGUCAACAAGACCAACUCCAAAGAAGACGUACGACGACUUCUUCAGUCCACCAGAGGAACUAUAUCAGCACAAUCGAUCUAUUACCGUCUGCAUUGAUCACAUGGAGAUCAAGAAUGCUAAGUUUCUCACCUGCAUUGAUACCACUGUGCGUUAUUGCUCAUGCAUUCCCGUGCAGAACCUGAAGACUGACCCUGUAUUUGAAGCAUUGGAUAAGAUAUUCCGCCGCUACAACAAGGCAGGCUUUCAAGUCAAGACAAUCAAGUGUGAUUGGGCGUUCAUUCCUCUCACGGAUGAUUUGCUAGACAAUAUGGGUGUUACUAUUGACCCGACUGCAGCUGGAGACCACAAACCUACCGCUGAGCGAAACAAUAGGACGCUGAAAGAAAGAGUCAGAGUAGCUCUUGCACGAUUACCCUACAAAGUGGUCCCAAAAGUGAUCACUGAAUGUCUUGAACGUCAAGCCGCCGAGCUAUUGAAUGUCUUUCCCCAGAAAGACAGUAUCUCAUCACAUUUCAGUCCACAGCAACUCAUUGAUAAUGUCAAUAUGUCAAUAUCAACUACAAGAGUGACAUGGUUGCUGAACUCGGACAGUAUGUUCAUGCAAUUGGGACGGAUUCCAGCAAUUUGA